CCAUACAUUGCUUUUCGAAUGUUUUUAGGCUUUGAUUUUUAUUGUAAGAGAGACUUGCAUGAGAAUUUAAAACAUACAUUAUCCUCAUGCAAACUGCAAACUAAUUAUUGCCGAUUUAUCAAGAAGGCAAAUAGUAAAGGUAAUAGUAAGCAUCACAGAUGGCAAGCUACAUGAUUUGCUUAAAUUUAUAGGCAAAAUGUAUGCAUUUAUGGUAGUUUUUCAGAACACAUUUUAAACAAAUCACAAUUUUAAAAUACACACUUAUAUUUUCUGUUUAAUGUGAAUCAUUGCACGUUUUGGACUCCCAAAGAUCUGUGUUUAUGAAUUCCUUGCUUCAGUUCAGAUGACAGGUCAUGCUUAAGUCUGGGGUCUGAGAUGCCAAAUGCAAGACGUUUAUGCAGGCAUUUUGUUAGCUUUGUGUUGUUUAUUGGAUCAUUGUUGUGCUUGAAAUUUCACUUGCAACCAACACAACUUUCACACUUGGGCAACUGGGCAGUUGGAGUGAUGUUCCUGGUUGUUUUAUAAUAACAAGGACCUAGUGAAUUCCUGGUCAGGCAGGACAACGAAAUGCAACGUAAUAAUAAUUUGUAGUAAUUUUAUAUUUUAAUAUUUUGUUUAUUCAGAAGUAGUUGUCUAUGGCUUCCCCUUACACUGGGCUAGAUAUGAUGUAACACACAGGUCUGUUCACAAAUUGUUGAGGUUCAGGCUUUGACUAUAAAAACAGCCACACUCCUGAAAAUGUCUAAGUACAUGGCAAUAACUACAAAAUUAAAAUGACCAAAGAUGGUAUUAAUCUGUGAAGGACUCACAUAUUUUCCUUCCUUCCAGUCAAUGAUCCCAAUCUACACAAAAAACAGCCAUUUCAGUCCUCUUACAGACUUGCCCAAAUUCGGGUGGCCAAAGUGCCAAGGUGUACCAAGGACCAAAAGGGUAAAAAAAGAAGUUAAGGCAGACUUAAAAUUAAGUUGUUAAAAUGUUAUAAAAAUCUCCAAAAAUACAACUUUUAAAGGAAACUAAAAAUGUAAUAAGUAAUAUAUAGUAUGAAAUAUGUUUGUUCUUUCACUGCAUGGGUGAGGGGUAACUUUCUAGCAGGUCUAAUCAAACGUCCAGCUUUGAGCCGACGUGCUUUAGGCGAAACUGGAGAUGACUGCAGAAAUGAAGUUCGGGGGUGUCACGUGACAUGACUAUUUUCAGGAUUUUUUUCCCUCCGAUAAGUACUAUCACAAUUAGCUUGUGUACUGUUGUUACAGUGUCAAACAUAUAAGCAUUCCAUAAAUCAUAAAAGGUGGCAAAAAUCCUGCAAUAAACUAAUUUCGCUGCAAUAAACUAAUUGCAGCGAAACUAAUUAAUCAACAUUUACAUGCUUUCACCAGCAACAUUCUUAUAGUUUAAACAAAAUGCACCAAGACUUUCGACAAACUGUAAUGUACAUUUUUACGGUAGCGCUCCAGUCAAACCCAUGACCCUGCUCUCUGUUUCCAUGGAGACUUAGCUGUCAAUACAGGAUACAAGAGCACUGGAAUACUGAAGAGGGCUGCUCUGAUUUUUUGAGACACAUCUAUGGUUUCUCGUGAAGCUGAAUGGCUUAUAUAUUUUAUUCGAGUUCAAUUUACGACAUUCACUCUGAGCCGCAAUUAUCUGCUUUAGUGAAAAAAGCUAAACGCCUGGUUUUUCUCUGCCGUUAACAAAGGGCGAGCAUGGACUACAUUUCCCAGCUGUCGCCACUGGAGCGUAUCCGUGAUGUCACAAUGAAGUAUAUAUGGGUAGUGUGUGGCAUUCCUUACUCUAUUGUUACAUCGUAACAAACCGGGGCAUAGCGAGGCCCAGCCGGGUCUGUGGUCGACAAAAACUACACACAUUUGCUUUUUAAAACGGUCUAACAGCCUAAAUAUAUUAGCGUUUCGUUUAAUUAUUGAGGACGACUGUGCUUACAACACCCUUUAAAGAAAAAAAGGACUCUAACGCUGCCCUCGGUUUGCUCUUUUUAUGGAUAUAGUCAAGACAAAUUGGCUGCUGAAGUCUGCUUCAUCAUCUUGUUGGUUGCAUGUUCCAGGGUAAAUGUCAUGAGUUUCUCAGUUAAAUGAAUGAGGUCGUUGAUAGCCUUUCUGUAUCAAUUUGUUUAAUCUUUGAAGCAAUUGCCUGAAACAUUGAAUCGGUAGCUUCACGUACUUGGUGCACAAAGUAAGAGUCUGAAAUCGGACUUAAAUAGCACAUAAGCCUGCGUCAUAACCUAUUUAUUAUAUCAUAAGAUGCCUAAAUGUUUUGAGAAAGGAAGGUAAUAAUAAGCACCGCGAACUGGCGUUUCCUCAUUGAUGAAACCAUUUUCUAUGGACUAAAGUCGUCUUUGUCUCUCAUCUGAUAACCUUGUGGUCCCCAAUAAAAUAAGGCUAAUAUUCCAAAAAGUAAGGAAUAUCGCAAACAAACAGCAAGGAUCGAACGACGGCUUCGCUGGCUAAAGGGUCUCUGUUUCCAUCCAAGAACAUCGUGUUUCCAUGGAGACAGUGUCAGCUCUCAGCCUGAAACGCAGAUUUGAGGAAGUGGACAGCGGCUCGCCGUGUUCCACGCCCAAAGACUCCGACGAUGACAUCUCCAGCAGCGACAGUGCAGAUAGCUGUGACAGUCUCAACGCCCCCUCCAGCUCCCUCACACCCACCUCCAUUCUUAGACGACAUAAAACCUCUUUGGGCCGUAAGCAGGUCCGCUUUGACGCAGUGACGGUCUACUACUUCUCCAGAAGGCAAGGCUUCACCAGUGUGCCAAGCCAGGGUGGCAGCUCACUGGGCAUGGCAAGGCAUCACUGUGCCAUACGCCACUACACCCUAGGGGAGUUUGCCCGAGAGCAGGAGAGCAGCCACCGGCACAUUCUUCGCCAGCACUUGCGCCAGGAGAAGCUGAAUGCUCGCAAGCUGAAGCUAACACGGAAUGGGACAGUGGAGUGUGCCCAGGCAGACCUGCUCACCCUGGAUGAUGUGUCUGACGAUGACCUGGACGUGGAAGGUGUCGAAGUGGAUGACUGCUUUUUCCUGCAGCCUCUUCCUACCAAGCGGCGGCGGGCACUGUUGCGAGCAUCAGGCAUUGCCCGCAUUGAUGCGCGUGAGAAGACGGAGCUACGGGCCAUCCGGCUGUCGCGUGAGGAAUGUGGCUGUGACUGCCGCUUCUACUGUGACCCACACCAGUGCGGCUGCAGCCAGGCAGGAAUCAAGUGCCAGGUGGACAGAAUGUCUUUCCCAUGUGGCUGCUCCCGUGAUGGCUGCCACAACACGGCUGGCCGGAUAGAAUUCAACCCUUUGCGCGUGCGCACCCAUUACUUACACACCAUCAUGAAGCUGGACAUGGAGAAGAGACGGGUGCUGGGCUCCAGGCCCGGUGAGGAAGACUCUGGUGGAGAGGGGGUGGAGCUGGCCUCAUCCUCCUUCUCCCCACCUCUCUCUCUCUCUCCCCUGGACUCAGAGGUGGAGGUGGAGACCCUAGAGGCGCAGAAUGAGCAGGAGCUUCUAGAGGAGCAGUGCAACAGCCUGGAGCGAGAGAACGAGACAGCUGUGCUGCACCUCCAGAGUGCUGAGGAGCAGGAGAGGAGGAGGGAGCGAGAGGAGGUGCAGGACCCUGACCAGGGGCUUUGUCUUCUGCAUGGGGAGCUGAGCAGCCAGGGUGGUGUCGAGGAAAUGGAGAGCGUGGGGGCAAUGGAUAGUGUAGAAGGAAUGCUUCUACAAGGUGCUUUCCCUGGAGGAACCACCUUGCUUUGCAUCACAGAAAACCAAGAAGAAGCUCCAGCUCAGCAGAAUCUGCUGAAUGAAUCAGGCUCUCUGCUCUACUAUCAGCUCAGCCCUGUGGAGACAGCUGCCUUUGAGACACUUCAAGGGCAAGAGGAAGAGCCUGGAGGAGAUGACGCUGAGAAAGAACCCCAAACCUGCAGGCAGGAUCAGGCGGAAAGCUCUAGUGCUUCUCCUUCCCCAUGUCCAGACAUUAGAAAUGAUGAAGAGGUCCAGUCUGGCUCUAAAACGGGUACCACAGAGAACCAGGAGGAGACCCAUCUUCUAGCGGAGGGAGAGACAAUCCAGCUUCCUCCAGAAGUUUAGAGCCCAGCAACACUGCAGAUGUUUUGCACAAGCUUUAUAUUAAAGUUCAAGAGGGCCUACUCCACACAGGGUAGAUCAGUUUAAUAGGAUGAGUGAUGUUAACCAUUAGAUUUUAAAAAGGAACAGUUACUGAUUGGUUCGUGUCCGUUUCAAAUGGCGAUAAGCAUUUACUGUAUUUGAAGUAGGUCUUUUGUGGUUAAAAUAAGUUAUUGAAAAGAAAAAAAUAGUAGAAUAAUAAUUUAUUUAAAAAAAAACUUAAAAAGAAAA